ACUUCUCCAAGCAACCGGUAAUCCAAACAUUUUUUUCAAGAAAUUCGAAUGUGUCUUUUUUCCAGUAAUAGUAGAAUAUAAAGAAGGAUUUCAUAGAAGUUAUUGUCAUGACAAAAUCUUCAGAAAAGACUUUAUGGGAUAUUGCCAUUGAAAAUGCUAAAGAAAAUCAAAAAACGCAAGGAAUAUCGGAAGAAUUAUCUGUUCUGUUUCUUGGAAGUAAAACAUGCGGCAAAACACAGCUCAUUUUAAGAUAUUUGGAUAAAGAUGAAACUGCAAAACCAACUACAGCUCUUGAAUACACAUAUGUUCGAAAAGGGAAAGGUCAAAGUAUGGCUAAAGAUGUAGGACAUAUCUGGGAGUUGGGAGGUGGAACUUGGUUAUCUCAGUUAAUUGAAGUUGUUGCAAAUCCCGACACUAUCAAAAGCACUCACAUAUAUUUAAUGUUAGAUUUAUCCAAACCCGAAGAAAUGUGGUUCACUUUAGAGAAGUUAUUAACAGCAAUACGAUCUAGAGUUGAUGCUGUUGUUAGUCAAAUUCCUGGUUUAAAGGAUGCAUUAACACAAAAGGCAUUUGAAAGAUACGGGGAAAAUAGUUUGGAUAAAGAAGUUGUAAAUCCUCUGCUUGUCCCUUUGAUUAUAGUUGGUGGCAAAUACGAUCUCUUUCAAGAAAUAGAACCAGAAAAGAGAAAAGUAAUAAGUAAAACUUUGAGAUAUAUCGCCCAUUAUAGUGGGGCCAGUCUUUUAUAUUUUAGUUCUAAAAUUGAACCACUAAUUGGGAGAAUGAGACAAAUAGUAACUCAUUCCCUAUUUUCAACCUCACCUCCUAAAGGUACUUAUACAGAUCAUGGAAAACCUAUACUCAUACUAGCAGGGCAAGAUAGUAUGGAAAACAUUGGACCUCCCCCUCUCCCAGAAGGAGAUUUAGGUAGAAUUACUGCAAAAACUCCUAUGGAUAUGUGGAAAGCCGCAUUCUCCUCUUAUUUCCCACAAACUGACGUUACCGACCCUGCCCUUGUUGAAGAUCCCGCCAAGGAUUCUCAAUAUGCUGAGCCGUCAAUUGAUACUAUGAGAAUGCAAAAAGAUGAGGAAUUAGAAAGGUAUAAACGAAUGGUUGAACGCCGGCAGAAAGACAAAAAUCAAAUUGGAGGAUUUUAA